UAGUGGGAAUGCCACGUCUGAGCAUCAGCAUCGACGCAGGCAGGGGCAUUGGUUUGUUUACACCCUGACCCUGGAACAAAUAAUUAUCAAGCAAUCUGACGCGUAGACACACCUGACACAACCCGGGAUAUAAAAUGGGCCUCAUCCGGUUCCUGGUGCUGACACUGGCCACAUGUGCAGUCCUGCUGCUAGACUUUCAUCCAGUCAUUUCUCAUAGCCACUCCCACGGGGAUCAUGGACAUGCUCACUCACACGGACACCACCACCAUGCUGAUGAUGGAGAAGACCACCCCGAUCCACAGGUGAAGAUGUUCCAUGGAGUGAGCAAAUGGAGCGCAGAGGCCAACCUACCAGUGCAGGAAGAGGAGCAUCAUGGACACGCUCACGAUCAUGGACAUGGACACGCUCACGAUCAUGGACACGCUCACGAUCAUGGACAUGGACACGCUCACGAUCACGGACACGCUCACGAUCAUGGACAUGGACACGCUCACGAUCAUGGACACGCCCACCAUGAGGACGUUGUUCGUGUUUACAAGGAAGAAGCAGAACAGAGGCGUUCACAUGGAGCAGAUAGAGGGAAACAGAAACCCAGUGGAGAGAAGAGGGAUGUGGCGGAGCUGUGGACACAGGCUGUCGGAGCCACUCUGCUCAUCAGCGCUGCUCCUUUCCUCAUCCUGUUCCUCAUCCCAGUUCAGUCCAACAGCGACCAGCACCAGAACCUGCUCAAGGUUCUGCUCAGCUUCGCCUCUGGGGGGCUGCUGGGUGACGCCUUCCUCCACCUGAUUCCACAUGCUCUUGAGCCUCACUCCCAUCAUGAGGACGAACAUCACGGGCACUCGCACUCCAGUGAAGACGACCACGGACAUUCCCACGGCGCCGCUCACGCUCACAUGAUGUCCGUGGGCCUGUGGGUUCUCUGCGGCAUCAUCGCCUUCCUGGUUGUGGAAAAGUUCGUGCGGCUGUUGAAGGGCGAGGAUGGGCAUUCCCACGGUCACUCCCACAGUCACGCUGCUGGGAAAGAAAAGCACAGCGAUGGGGAAGAAGAAAAAGAAAAAAAGAAAAAAGAGGACAAAGAUGCAAAGGUGUCAAAGAAAGAAAAGAAGAGCUCAGAUAUUAAAGUGUCAGCUUACCUGAACCUAGCAGCUGACUUCACGCACAACUUCACUGACGGCCUUGCAAUCGGAGCGUCAUUCCUGGUGAGUCCAGCAGUGGGCGCCAUCACCACAGUGACAAUUCUGCUGCACGAGGUCCCCCACGAAAUCGGAGACUUUGCCAUCCUCGUGCAGUCUGGCUGCACCAAGAAGAAGGCCAUGUGUCUGCAGCUGCUGACUGCUUUGGGGGCGCUGGCAGGGACAGCUUGCUCCCUGAUGGCUGAAGGUGUGGGCGCCACGGCAACCGCCUGGAUCCUGCCCUUCACAGCUGGGGGGUUUAUUUACAUUGCCACAGUGACUGUGCUCCCCGAGCUGCUGGCAGGACGCUCCAGCUUUGGCCAGUCGCUCAUGGAGAUCCUGGCUCUGCUGUUUGGAGUCGAGAUGAUGGUUCUGAUCGCAGAGUACGAGUGAGGCGCCUCUGUGGACAGUUUUGGUUUCCUCACAGAUUCCUCUCUCUUUUUUUUCUUUCUUUUUUCUUUAAAGUUGUGGGGAAAAAAUCUCUUUUGUUGUUUUAACAGUUCAUAGACACUUCAUUGAUUUGUUUUUUUGUAUUUUUUAAAACUUGAAUCUCUUCAUUAUGGAUGCACAACAUAAGGAAAGUUGUUUUUUGUGUGUGUUUUUCUUCAUCCCACAGCUUCCAUGAGCUGCAGUUUGACAUCAGAACAGGCCAAAACACUAGAUGUUCUCUGCUGCGUCACACUGGGAUGCUCCUCUGAUUUUCACUUCAUGAUUUACAUUCCACACAAAAAGAUAUUGCCGCUUUUGUGAAUGUAUUCCGAAAGACUUCAUGUUUUUUUUUUGUUGGAUUGUAAAAGGAUCAGCUGUUAUGACUCAAGACUUCAGACGGGAACUUAUUUUAAACUUCCUGCAAUAAUGAAAACGCCUGCAGCUGUGCCGAACGUCCCAAAUAAAUGAAAGGUGAUACGUUUCA